AUGCCAGCCGACGUAGCGAUGCAUACAAACUUCCUGCAAUUCAACCAGUCGAGCUUGAAGGACUCGAACGUGGAUUCUUGCUGGAACACCGAGAACAUGAGCGGUUACAUGACCUUGGUCGGCCCAAAUGGUCAUCGUCAAGGCGUGCAAGUGAAGGUCUACCGGACGAGUGUCGAGCACUUCGCCGUAAUUUACCCCCAGAAAAAGGUGUGCAGACCUUUGGGCGUGUUGAACUUGAGAAACACGAUGAUCGAACGCUACGGUGAGGAAGGAUUUCUGGUUAGGCAGAAAGGCUUCGACUCGCCGAUCGCGUUAACCUUCCUCGUGGAGAACAAGAAGGAGCUGGAUUACUGGGUGAUGGCCUUCACCGCGAGAACAAGUCCUCUGGUGCAUCAGAGCAGCCUGCCGAUCGUCGAGGAGGAGGAAAUCUAA